AAAGAAAUGCGGAAAAAAGAACACGAGCCCUUGGGAGGCUAAUUCUUCGUCGAUUUGUCACUUCUCUGCAUGCGUCAUCGUCUCGUGUCUCUGUCUCUCUUCGCCCCAGCGUUCAAAGUUCUUCGCUGUCUUUUUUCUUCUUCCCCUUUCUCUUUCUUUCUCUCCUCCUUUUCCUCUUUUUCUUUUCUCUCCCUCCUCUCUUGUUCGCAUUUUCUCUCUUUUUUUUGUCCGUCUCGGUCCUAUCCUCGUCCUUUGUCUCUCCCGCCUUUGGGCUCGCCUUCCUCUUCCUCCUCUCUUCCUCUGAUUUCUUAUAAAACAGUCGAAGCCCCUCCCGGCAUCUCGUCUUCUUCGUUUCCAAGAUGGAUGCGGAGGAAACAAAUCUCGGAUUUCUUGUGGCGGCGCAUCCGCAGCGACUGCGCCGUUGGCACUUCCCCUCAAAGGUUGGCGGCAAGCCGGAGUGGAUGGAGACGAGGCGACUCCCCAAGACGGAGGACCUAGUUUGCCAAACUUGUCGAGAAAUACAAACUUUUCUUCUUCAGGUGUACGCCCCGGUCGACGGUUGCGCGGAGGCCUUCCACCGUGCUCUCUGGCUGUUCGGCUGCAUGCGUUGCGGCACGACUUUCUCGCUCUUUCGCUGUCAAAUGCCGCGAGAGAACCCUCUUUAUCCCUCCUUCCCUCUCGCAGAAAUUCCGUCCGAACUUUUUUGGACUUCUUGGAAAGAAGCAUCUCGGCGCUCGCGUUCUCUCGCUGCGCCUCAAGCCCCCACAGGUGCAGAGAGCCGCGAGAGAGACCCGGAGACAGCUGCGGUGUCUGUACACCCGAGCGAAAUAGGACACAGCGCCGGGGGCUCCGGGAGCAGCCGGGGAAGAAAAGGAGAGAAAGAAGCGCUGGUCUGUGCACUCGAAAGACUGCAGACGGAAGAGCGACGCUUGCGGGAGCUCUCCUGUCCUGUCUGUGGCCUCCCUAGCGCAAAAGGAGAUGCAGAAGAAGCAGAACAAGAAGAGCAUCCCGCAGAGAACGCGAGUUGCAUGCGUCGGAAACUCGUCCGUCUCCUCCUCCUCAGAAACCAAGAGGCAACCUCCGCGUACCACAAAGCCUGCGAGGACGAAGACGGAGGGUCUCGGGUCAUCGACGUCGACGAGGAAGAAGCUCUUCUGGAGGAAAUCAAGCAUCAGGCAGAGCAAGGCGUCGAUCGCCUGCACCGUCGCUGCCGGAUCUUCGCCGCUCACUGGAGUCGAGGCCUCUGCUGUGCCUUGCCUGAAUUUGAACUGGAAGUUGGAGAGGAAGAAGAGAGAGAGGAGGGAGACGAAGGCGCAGGGCCUUCCUACGAGCACGAGAAGGAACUCUUGAAGAAGUACGAGGAGGAGGCGAAGAGCGACCCAGACGCGCAGCUGGAUGCGUCUGAACAGGAGGCCUUUGAGAGCAUUCAUGACGAACACAGUUCGCUGGACCCCCAGCUGCUUCGCUUCCUGAAACGCUGUUCUUCUCGAGCGGCCAAUCGCGGCCAAGUGCUCAGAUACGCUAUGGGUGGAAGGCCCCUCUGGCCCUUCACGCCGGGCCAGAUGGAGGGGGAACCGCCUGCAUGCGAAAACUGUGGAGCCGCGCGCCAGUUCGAGUUCCAAGUUUUGCCUCAGUUUCUCUUCGAACUCAAAAGAAGCGCCGGCGUGGAGCUUGAGUCGAAAGUGCGCUGGACAGGAGACGCAGACCCGAGCAAGACGCGCGAAAAAGCAAAGGCCGAGGCCGACGAAGCGAAGCCGGGGACAGCCGAGACUCCGGCAGGCGCGGGUGAGCGAGCGGAAAAUGGAGAUGUGGAGGGGAAGCAAGAAACGUCGGCAACUGUUGAGGAAGAAAGAGAAACUGGCGGUGCCAGUCGAGCGGAAGCAGCACAGGCUGCCAGCGAGCGACUCCACUUUGCGCUGCUGUGUAUUUACACCUGCUCGGCGCACUGUGGAGGCAAACCCAAGUACCGGGGUGAACCGGCAGGACAGAACGGAGAUUUCCGGGAAGGAAACUCCGAGGACACCGAUUCAGCAUAUCCCUACGUCAAAGAAUUCGUCUACGUCCAGCCCGAUCCAUUUUUUGUAAAGAAAGAGAAGAAACAACAAAGUGUGUAAUGCUGGGCACGGGGGCCCUGUACACCUCAUAUGACAUCUAGAGGGCUUCUCGCGCAACUUCAUUUUUUUUCUGACUUUUAAUUUCCCUCUUUCUUGUCUGUCGUCCGCUACGUUGUUUGGAACUGGUCCGUUCCGAGGGUUCUCCGGAAGGCUCUAGCUUCAGGUGUCAUCAUAUUCUGGGGAUAUCUAGCUUGUGGCGAACAACGUGGACAGUGUUCCACACUUCACUCUAUCUCUAGAGGAAAUACGGUGGUCGUAAGGUACGCCGGUGCUAACAGGUCAGCGAGUACUUGGAACUCGAACCGGGCGCACGUUUCACUCUCGACUGAAGUCGUUUCUCUUUCGCA